UCACCAAGCCAAACCAACACUCCAACAACGAGCCCAUCACCAGCUGAUCAAAGGCUCUGCUUACCAUGGGUUUGACGAUGGGCAAGAUCAUCUUUGGGAAGAUCACGGUGGACACGCCCAAGCACGAGGUGCUGCACAUCGGGAAUGGUUACGAGAUUCGCAAGUACCCGCCGUGCGUCAGCGCCGAGGUGACAUACCUCUCCAAGGAUAUGAAGCGCGGCCGCGACGGCGGGCUCGAGAUUCUCGCAGACUACAUCGGCGCCUUCGGCAAGCCGCACUACACCAAGCCCAAGAAGAUCGCCAUGGCAGCACCCGUGAUAACCUCGUCCAACAGCGGCAAUGCAGAAGCGACCGCCAUGAAAGCACCGGUAAUCACCUCCUCCAGCGGCGCCGAGGCAGAGGCAAUCUCCAUGACGGCGCCGGUGAUCACGGGCGAAGGGCGGGAUAGACAUGCUGGGAAGGUAACGAUGCAGGUCCUGCUGCCGUCCAAGUACACCAAGGUGGAGGAGACGCCGCGGCCGACGGACGAGCGGGUGGUGCUGCGGGAGGUGGGGGAGCGGAAGUACGGGGUGGUCAAGUUCGCAGGGCUCACUGGGGAGAAGGUGGUGGCGGAGAGGGCAGCGAGGCUAAAAGCCGCGCUGCAGAAGGACGGGCAUGUCGUCACGGGACCCUACUUGUUCUCCCGGUACAACCCGCCAAGAACGCCAACGCUCCCGCCGCUCCGCACCAACGAGAUGCUGAGGUGGCCGGGAUGGAGCAGGGCGAGCGGCGAGGAAGAGCAGCUCCUCGAUCUUGGAGCGGAGGCGAGGGGCGAGGAAGAGCGGCACGCGGCGGCCAGGAUGGAGUGGAGGCGAGCGGCGAGGAAGAGCGGCAAGCGGCGCACGGCGUCGCAGCGUGGGGCGAGGCGCAGAAGCCUGUCGCGGCGGCCAGGCAGCAGCGGAAGGAAGGCUGAUUCCCAACGCCGAGCCACCGACCAGAAGAAUCCAUUUUUGAUGCGAAAAAUAGGCCUUGCGGGAGCCUGGGCUAGGGUUUGUGGUGGGGCUGCCGACAAAAGCUUACACGCCAUGGGGUCUAGACUGGAGGAUGAGGUGGAUCCAUGGCGGUGGUCGCGAGGCGUCAAGAGAGCGCCGAGAUCGACCGGCGACGAUGACGGGAGGAAUUAGGAUUUGGGGACGGUGACGGAAGGACGGGAAUUCUCAUGUGAAAAAACGCGGGAGGCUUUCCGCAAAAUCGACAGCGCGCAGCUUUUUACAGAGGGAGUACUAGCAAUAAUAGUUUAAGCUGUUUAAACUGGUCUUGCAAUAGCCAUGUGUAAUCAUCUUCUGUUUGGUUGGUACAUUAAAUGAUGGAACAAUUGGCCUA